AUGAGUAGUGGCGAUGGGGGCGUCGCUGCUGCGGUGGCAGCCUUGAUGCACUUCACCACCCACAGCGACACUGCCUCGAACCAGGAGCUGAUGCACGCCAUUGAUCACUCCUUGGACGCUGGUUGUACACCGGCGGCCCACACGAUUGCCCCGCAGCUGCUGCGGUGGGCACUGGAGGACUCCACAGCCCGCGCAUCCGCUGGUAUUGCUACCUAUGUAAGCGUUCUAAACCGGCACUUCUGUGUCCAUGUGAUACCGCACCGCCUUGCACAACCCCUGGAUCGCCGCCCUGCUGGCUUGGAGGAGCUGCUGCAGCUCUACAUGAUUGCCCUUCACAGUUUUCCCAUUGAGGCCUCACGCCGGCAACUCACGCAGUGUGUGGCCUGCCUGCUCAUCUUGCUCGAGGAUCAUUUGGUCGAGCGACUGCGCGCUUGGAUACGCGGCGGUGAUGCCUCAUCCACAGAUGAGUGCCGCAUGUCCCUGCAGGUCUUCGUCGCGGUCGUGGACCUCUUGGCAGAUCGCCGUGUUGCAAUCGGCUCUAUACGACGCGCCACACAGCGCCGUCAGCUGCAGGAGCACCUGCUCAUCGCACUUGAGUCUCCGCUGACGGACGGCGCAGACUUGCCGCUGCUGGUCCGUGUCAGUGACGCUGCCGUGCGAUUUUUGUUGGAGGCGAUGUACGGUGAGCCGCAGGAGGUCGCGGCAACGUUUUGGGAGGCGCUGCCCACGAGUACCGUAUGGCAGCACUGCCUGCGCUGCCUUGGUGCGGCUGCCGCCGCGUCGUCCCCACCCGCGACGUGUCCGGAGGAGGUGUUGAGCGUGGUGUGCAACGUGUUGCGGUGCCAGACGAUCGUCAACGCAGCCGCCGAGGCUCUCCUGUCGGGCGCACUCCCGUUAGUGCUACAGCCCAUCGGGCCCACGUCCGCCUCCAUGGUGGACUGGGAGACGAUCAGUCGUGUCAUCGCCGCCGCACUUGAGGCAUCCACGAAGGCUAUUGUCACUCAGCAGCCAAGCGAUGUGCCCUUAUUUCGACUCUUCUCCUCGGCAGCCGACCGAUUGGCGCAGCUGCUGCAGGCGCCGGCGGCCCCGACGACUGCGGUGUGCCACGUUUGUGAGGGCAUCAGCGCCUUGACGCAGGCACUGCAGCCUACGCCGCUUCCCGAGAUGGAGCCCGACGAUGACCCGGAUGACUUUGCGGACUUUGUCGAGCAGACGCGCGAAGCCAACGCAGAGAAGUCAUCUGCCGUUGCCCAGCUCAGGCCGUUUCUGCAUGGAUGCACAAGAGCACUUGCAGCUCGCCUUACCCACAGCAAGCUUGCGCAGGAGGAGUGGAGGGACAUCGCGGCGUACGUGGCGCGACAGGUCGCUGAGGGUGAUACCGAGGACUACGAAGUUGCCCACGAUGACGUCCACCUCGCCGUCUUCACGACGUAUGAGCGUCUGACGGCUCUCCUCGGUGCGCUGAGCGUUGAGGAGAUCAACGCGGCGGCCCCUGAGUUGGGCCAACGUCUCGUCCUGGUCAUGAGGGACUCGGGCUCAGCUCUCCACUGGCUGGAUUCCAUUCAGCCGGCCGAUCUGCUGGUUCAGUCUGCCCUGCUCCCGUGCUGCGUGGCGCGACAUGUGUCCUCGGCUUCUGCCGCGGGGUGCGCGAUGGAGUCUGCUGCAGUGCGCGUGAUGGAUGUGCUGGUGCAUGCACUCGCCACGUACCAAGAGCAUGGCGUGCUUUGCAGUGGUGGCAGUGCGAGCGAUAGUGCUCCCGCUAUCAUGGAUGUGACAAGGGCGGCUGCGGCGGUGGCGUUGGCCAUUGCGGGGCGUCUUGGGCCGGACAACGCGGCGCACCUGCGUGAGCGCAUCACUCCGCUGGUGUCAGCGCUGUGGCAGUGUGUGACCUCGGCCGUUGGUGCACCGGCGUCAGGGUCAACGCGCCACGCCGCCGCGGAUGAACUCGCAACGCUGCUGGAGGCUAGGUUGACUGUGCUACCUGACGCUGCGGUCGAUCUCCUCAAGGAUCAAGACGCGUACACGCAGGUGGUUCUCUUCGCGACUGGUGGUGCAUCCACCCCGAGCCUGAACACGCUCGAGGCACUCGCACACACGCUGCACUGCAUCGCGCAGCUCUCUUCAGAGGAGGCUGAGGCGGCCGAGACACGGGUGUGCCGCGGUCUCGCGGAGCGCUCGCGGCGCCACUGCGAAUCGGGGGAGUGGGCAGGCGAGGCACUCGCGACGCUCUUGGACUCCUGGCAUGCUCAGCAUCCCCAACUGCUUCUGCACUUCUUGACGUUGGCGCUUGCGGUGCCAGCCGAGAUGCAGCCUGCACUGCUGUUGGCCGGUAUUACUCGCUUCUUCUCUCUGCCGCAGAGCCGCGACACUUCGACACGCGAGCUCUCCGCUGUCUUGGAGGCACGUUUCGUGCACCCGAUCGCCGCCUCUCCAGCUACUGCGCCGUCUCUGCACGUUCUUGUGGUGUGGCUGUCGCAGUCUCACCCCUCUUUCACCGCCGCAGAUGGACUACGACGCGUGCGCAUCCUAGCUGAAUGCGGGCGGGUACUUUGCGAAGAUGGCCAUGUGCCGGCCCUCAGCUUGACCGAGGCGCUCGUCACUUGCGUCGCGCGCUGGCAGGAACACAAGUUUGCCUCAGCGCUCGGCGGCGGUGAGGCGGAUGAGGCAGGUGAGAACGACGACACUGAAGGCGACGUGCAGCUGAAGCAGGAAGUCUUGAAGCAGCUGGCGAUAUGGAGCCGCUGCGUUAGUGCAAUGUCGGGGCUCCCGGCGAGUGCACCGCCAUGGCUGGCACGGCUGCAGUCUGCACAAGACGACUACGAGCGGAUGGAGGUGCUGAAAAGUCUGUGA